AUGGCGGGCAGAGUUAUUGACCUCACAUUUGACGACAGUUCCGACGAGAACACUCCCUCUAACAAUUCCAAGCCCAAUGUCUUGAAUUCCUCAAGCAUGCGUCUACCCCUUAAUGCCAUCCCAAACAAUGUCCAACUCCCACCUAUUGCAGCUCUUCUCCCCUCACCCACAUCUCAUCUUUCCGCCCCAUUAAUCGAAGCACUGAACAAAGCGAGCGCAGAACGCGUGCUUGAGCUUCUGUUAACGGUAUGUCGUCAACAUCCUGCCUCCAAGGCGCUGGUUGAACGGGAAUUCUUGGUGCCGAAGAGGGACGUUGUGCCGUAUCAUGCGAAUACGGAUAGCGAGGAUCAUGGUAAUUCGGAGAGCGAGGAGGAAAGUGAGAGUGACAGCGAGAACGAGAGCGCUGUGUUAGAUUCGCAGCAAAAAGCUCCAGCUGGACACAUUCCCCCAGUAGCAACGAGCUUGAAGCGAAAGGCAGAGGCAAUCAUGGACGAUGAACUUUUUCCUCGAUUUGCCAAAUGCGAGAAUUGCAAAGAGGAAUUCGAUGUUACGGAGAACGAAAGGGGCGACUGUAUUUGGCAUGCAGGCAAAAGAGAAAUCUACGAUGAUGAUGACUUUUGGGCCGACCACGAUCCUGAUUGCCAUGGCGAUCCUUGGGAAUUGAUGAGCGACUCUGACUACGAGGAUGGGUAUAAGUGGACUUGCUGCGACAAGCUUGGGGGCCAAGAAGGCUGCAAGCAGACGAAGCAUAAGACAGCGGGGCAACCAAUGAAGAAGUCGAGGUAUGCAUAA